CAUACAUCACAUCACAUCAUUCGCCACCUACACAUUACUCGCAUCAUCAGCAGCAGGAUCGACAGAUCCGCAAGCAACUCGUAUCGAUACACUUUUGCGCUACUCUCACAUUCUAGACUUGUCUCAACCACAAGGCCAACCUCAAUGGCACCUCCACCAAAGGUGUCCCCAGUAACGGGCAACCCCGUGGGCCCCUCUUACAUCCACGCGUCGUCGAUCCAUUUUCAAGACAGCCACGGCCGUAGCAUCCUCCUCCGCGGUGUCAACCUCUCUGGUGCAGCAAAGAAUCCAGCAGUGCAGCCCGCUCAGAGCCAGGAUGGCUUCUGGGAAGAUGCAGAGGAAGGGAAGGGCGACUGGAUCAAUUCGACCCUCAACCUCGACGAUGGGAGUGCCGACGUCCACCUCGCUAGACUGAGGGCAUGGGGCUUCAACAUGCUACGAUUCGUCUUCACUUGGGAAGCUCUGGAACAUGAAGGGCCGGGCAAGUACGACUACGCGUACAUGGAUUAUGUCGUCCAGGUCUUAUACAAGUGCAAGGAGUAUGGGUUCAAGGUGUUCAUGGACCCACACCAGGAUGUUUGGUCGAGAUUCUCUGGGGGCUCUGGCGCCCCUCUGUGGAGCAUCUAUGCGUGUGGUAUCGACGCGCAGGCCAUCACGCCGACAUACUCUGCGCUGGUCCAGAGCGACUACCCUUCCAGGGAGAAGCCAGACCCGCAGUCUCUCCCAGCCAUGAUCUGGGCAUCCAACUACCACCGUGCGUUCAACCACACCGUGUGGACUCUGUUCUUCUCUGGCAAGGCCUUCGCGCCCAAGUGCAUCAUCGACGGCGUGAACAUUCAGGACUGGCUCCAGGACCACUUUAUCAACGCGGUGCGCGAGCUCUCCAACCACAUUGAAAAGGCCGGCGAUCUUUACGAGGAGACCGUCUUGGGUUGGGACUCGAUCAACGAGCCUGGAGAGGGCCUCAUCGGCAUUUCGGACCUCAACGUGGUGCCCAAGGAGCAGCCAGUCAAGUUGGGCUCAGUACCUACUCCGUUCCAGAACAUGCGUAUUGCCGAGGGCGAGGCGGUCGAGGUGGACAACUACACAUUUGGUGGGAUGGGUCCCUCCAAAGCUGGCACCGUCGUGCUUGACCCCAAGGGCCAGAAGCUGUGGCUUUUGCCCGAGGACGAGGCGACCCGUGGCGGCGGCAAGUGGGGAUGGAAGCUUUGGGCCCAGCACGGCGUUUGGGAUGUUCAAACGAAGACGCUGUUGAAACCAGCAUACUUCCACACACUCCCCACCGACCCCAGCCACCAGGUUGAGUUUGUGCACGACUUCUGGCGCCAGUACUGGCUCGGGUACGCUUCGGGUGUUCGUACCUUCCACAAGGAAGCCAUCCACUUUAUCAACACGGCCGUCUUCAAGCCUCUCCCCGACCUCCCGGAAAGCUUCCUUUCGGGUCGCGCCUGUGCUACGCCACACUUUUAUGACGGCCUGACGCUCAUGACCAAGCACUGGUCGUGGUUCAACGCCGACGCCCUAGGCAUCCUGCGCGGCAAGUACUGGUCUGUUGUGCAGGGCGUGAGAAUCGGCGAGGCGAAUAUUCGCAAGUGUAUCCAGGAGCAGCUGGGUGUACUCAAGGAGGACACAAGGACCAGUAUCGGCAACUACCCGACGUUGAUCGGCGAAAUCGGCUGCCCGUACGACAUGGACGGCAAGAAGGCGUACGGCUUCGUGGACGGCGGCAAGGGCAAGGGCGACUACUCGAGCCAGCUCAAGGCUUGGGACUGCUCCAUCAACGCCAACGACGGUCCCAACGUUCUCAACUACACGCUGUGGACGUAUGUGCCCAACCACUCCCACCAGUGGAGUGACAACUGGAACGGCGAGGAUCUCUCUCUGUGGAGCCGCGACGACACCAAGGUGGCGGCCCUUGGACUUCACGAGUUCUCAAGCACCGACUCGAGCUCGCUCAAGUCCUCGACCCAGCUUCUCAACCCGUCUUCUUCUCUGGCGUCGUCACGAACGUUGACCCAGCCGGGCGUGUCUCCAAAGGAGAUCGCCUCGGGAGACGGCGUCACUGCACAGCUUGUUUUGGACGGAGCUCGUGCCGUUGCAGCGUUCUGUAGGCCAUACCCCGUUGCCACGGUCGGUCGUCCCGAGCGCAUCGACUUUGACUUCAAGACGACCACGUUCAAGCUGUCUGUUCGCAUCUCCCCCGAGGACUGGGUUGAGGGGCACGUCAUGACGGAGAUAUACGUGCCAUUUGUGCACUACGCUAAGAACCUCGACUGGGACACUGCCUCGGUUGCAUCCCUGGAGCACUCGUCAUCCAAGGUUUCGUUGGCAGACAGCGCUAGCGGGUCCUCCGACUCUCUCGAGGACCAGGUCCCCACGUUAUCUAAGGACGACGCUGGGGCUAGUUCCGAGUCUCUCAAGCUGGACAUUCAGGUUACGCCUUCGAUCGGGACAUACCGAAUCGCUGGUCAGUACCUGUACUGGGCAUACCCUCUGCCAACUCGGGAAACCGUCUACACUAUUGAGAUCAAGCGCAACGGGCCAUCUUAUCACGUCGACCCGGCCGCCGAGGCCGCUGACAGCUGGUUCUCUUGGUGCAAUGUGCAGUGACCCGCUUGGUGUAUCUGUUAGCCGUCGUUGUAGUGUAUCAUGCUAUAAAUGUUGUGGGGGGUGUGGCUAGGAGUGGCGUGGGAUUGCAUGCAGUCAUUUGUCGUUGUCGUCGUCGACGUCUCUCGUUGCUUGGUCGGAAGCAGCGACUUGGGCGAGGUAUCCCGAGAGACCAUUUGUAGAUCCCAUGAGGUGCCUGGGUGUGUGUUGAUUCCAGCGGGACAAAGGUGGACGGACG